AGUGCCAGUGGGGACAUAAUUGAUUACGUCCUAAUCAAUAUUAACUUGUUAGUAAUAGUCAGUUCCUGCGACUUAUUUGGACCUCGCCAUUUUCAGGGAGGCACUGCUCUCUUUCGGAUUGUCUGCACGUCUGUUGUGGAACGAUACUUUACAAGAUAUCCUGGUUUGGAAUAAGGGGCUUCUUGGGGUGUUUCUUUUUGCCAGAAAGUUUGCUGCCAUGGCACGCGUUUGGUGACAGUUAUGCGACUGUUUUUCGAUUGAGUUCGAUACUAGUUUAAAUCUGUGUUUAUUUUUUGUUUUUUAUUUAAGUAUCUGAAUUUUUAAACAAAAUUCAUAAGUAAAAUUGCGUAACGAUUAAUGCACAAAUAAUGACAUCCAAAGAAGUUGCCAAAUGUGAAGCGGUCGAGAAUAGGAGACGAAGUCCGUUGGACCAUUUUCCUCCGCCUGCAAACUCGAAUAAGCCACUAACUCCAUUCAGUAUCGAAGACAUUCUCAACAAGCCCUCGGUAAAACGAAGUUAUACUAUUUGUGGGACUGCACACCUGAUUUCAUCCGCUGAGAAGCACCGUACGUCUAGCAUCUCUGCUUUAUCCAAUCGGGCAUUACUCACACAAACCUCUCCACUCUGCGCCCUGGAAGAACUAGCUAGCAAAACCUUCAAGGGACUCGAAGUUAGCGUUCUACAAGCAGCUGAAGGGAGAGACGGAAUGACACUGUUUGGGCAAAGAAACACACCGAAGAAGAGACGGAAGUCCAGAACCGCGUUCACUAACCACCAAAUCUACGAAUUAGAGAAAAGAUUCCUCUAUCAGAAAUAUUUGUCUCCCGCAGACCGUGACCAAAUCGCCCAACAAUUGGGGCUAACAAAUGCUCAAGUUAUCACGUGGUUCCAGAACAGGAGAGCCAAACUAAAGAGGGAUUUGGAAGAAAUGAAGGCAGACGUGGAGUCGGCCAAAGCUAUCGGUGACGGUGUUGUACCUCUGGACAAACUCGCGAAGCUCGCGGACCUCGAGAAAUGCGCCAAUGGGACACUUGGGCAUCACCCGCGAGCGGAUUCCCCAGCGCAGAGUGGCCAACAAGAGCACGAGCUCGCUCACAAACUGCGGAUGUCACCACUGUCGCCAUUUUCAGACCACACAACAAGUAAAGAAUGCUCGGAGGACGACGAAGACGUGGAAAUUGAUGUGGAUGACUGAUUGCGCAUUGUUUAAAUGACUCAAAGACUCAAAAGAGACUACAGAAAGAGUCAGUAACAAUCCUUACCACGAUUGUAACUUUUCCUGCUGAUAUUCUUAUAUCAUCUCAGAACAUUUACUAGUCUGCUAUGACUUUUGUAUUGGCAUACAUAUUCACUGUAAGCAUGAAGAGUGCAACAAAUAUGCAGUGCAAUGGCCUAUUCAAUUAUAUUCAUCAGUAAUCAGACAAUUUCCUCUUGUCUUCAAAUAUCAAUGAAAGCAAUAGGUUUCAUGAAAACUAAAGAUAACAUUAUUAUUUUUGAAACAUGAACUAUCUAUCAAACAUAAGCCCAGAUAUUAUUUCUCUCUUUGCCUCUCUUUUAACACACACACAUGCGCAUCCACGUACCCACAAGUACGCACACACACGCACUCACACACCUAUUUACCCUUGUUCGUAUUUAUGUAACACCAUGAUAUAUAUUUUAAGUUUGUCAGUUAUUACAUAUUUAGACAGAUUUUGCUUGUUGAAAUGCAUGUUUUGUUCAUCAUAUCUAUUUAUUUUCCUUUUAAAUUAUAUCGAUUUUAGACAUACCUUAUCAUAUUUAGCCUAUAUGCCUCGCCUCCAUACUGUUUGUAUUCAGCGUUUAUUGCUUGCCAUUAUUUACACCCACCCAUAAUCAUUUUGCUGCAUUGCAUGAUACGAUAGGCAAAUUCAAAUGAUCAAAUAUCAAGUUAUGUGUUUAUAGAGGAAUGUUCAAAGGAAGGUUAUAAAAAUACAGAUACAGCGGCGAUAUUUCGACAGUUAUUGGACCGUAUGAAUAGAUACAUUUGUUUGGAUACAAUAGAGUACUUUACCGUUGAAUAGAUUUGUUAUCUUUUGUAUACCUAUAAGUGCCUUUCUAAA